UUAUCUCUUUCAAACAUGUGUACCUGCCGAUGUAAGGGUAAACUAAGCAAGUGAAAUCAGUAUAUAGGUGAUAUUGUUCGAAAAUUGUAUAUUUGACGGCUUGCAAAUGCGCGUCUCGGUCACAACGCGUACGUGUUGAAAAUUGCAAAAAUAUAUGGUAAAAAUUGCAGAUAUAAAUAGCAAUUUGUGAAAAAAGUGUAGUUAAAUAUCCGCUUAAGCUUUGGCGUGUGGAAUUCGGUGAGUGCGUGCGAAUUUUUGGCUGGAAAAUUGCGUUUGAAAAGUGCGACUCCGCUGGACAACAGAAAGGCACAAAUUCGGUAGGCCGUAGUGUGAAGAAGCAGAGAAACUACGCGAAGACGAAAGAGUUCCGAAAAGAAGCAGAAAAAAUUGAAAAAUUUCACUCGGUUUGGAUUGUUGCUGUUGUUGUCAAUGGCGGUGCGGCGGCUGCUGCCAUUGCCACUGGCUACAUGAGGGUCCCUACGUGCUAGCAGAUGUGUGUGUUUGUGAUGUUAAUUCCUCGGGAAUCUGGGAUUUUCUUAUAAUUUUCGUUUUGAUGUUCGAUAUGUUUAAAUACGUGUAGGAAGCAUGACAAAUUAUAGUGGCCGGUGGCAAAUAUAGAUAAAUUGAACUAAUGUGUCUUAACUUUUUUUUUAAUCGAAAUGAGUCGCCAACGAUUGGAUUAAGUGAAGUGUUUUAAUAGUCCACCACGUCCGUCGUUCAUCCCAAAAGAUAUGUUUCUAUUUGCAUAACUUACAAUAUUUGUUUGUAUUCGUUUCCGUGUUUUACUUACAGCAACCAAGUGUUUAAUUAAUUUGGCAAUAUUAGAUGUAAUUAUAAAAGAACAGCAAUUAUAAUUAACAAAUUCGUGCAUUUAGUACACUCAAAAACAAAUGACAACAAAACCGAGUGUAAAGUUAUAGAUAACACUAAAUCAACAGUUUAUCGGUAUAACCGAUAAUCUAUAACAAACCAUAAAGAAUAAUUACUACAUACAGACUGCAUACGAAAGACAGUUCUUUUGGAUUGAAAACUUAGAUAAGCAGUUUCAGUGCUCCAUAUCCAUAUAUCAGUUGACCCGCACGAGUUUGAGUUAAAAAAAAAUUUAGACUUUUUAAUACUACAUUUGGAAUUCACAAGUGCGAAGAUACAAGCAUACAUAUUUGUUUACUAUUGUAUUGUGUAUUGGCAGAUACAACACAGAAACAGUUGAAAAAUGUGCAGUUUUUCCAGCUGAUACUGAAUAUUCCAACUGUUGUUAUAAAUGUGUGGUGAGUCUCGGUGGUAGUACUAAAAAAAUGUUUUUGAUCUACUUGCCAUAAAAUGCGGCGUUCAAUAACAACAACAGCAGCAACAAAAAUUAAAAAAAACGUAGUGUCAAAAUCAAUUCGUAAAGUUUUUCAAUUUCAAACAACGGAAGGAUCGAGAGCUACCUUUAAACUACUAUACUACCACAAUACUAGACUGCAAAAAAGGAUUUUAAAUCUUAACCACAUUGCGAGCGAGCCAGCAAAUAAAUUAUAAAAAGGCGACAGACAGCUUACUGUAGACCUGGAGAGGAGGAAGAGCUGCGUAGGCGAUCAUUAAUAAAAUACAAUCAUUUAUAAAAAAGGUCACGCAAGCAUUUUCCUCCCAGCGGUCCACCCGCUCUAAAAGUCUUAGUAUCUUCCCUGCAAACUACGGUCAUUCAGAAAAAAAAAAAACUUCAUUUUAUAAUAUCAAAUAGAUUAAAAUAGACGCGCGUUCAUUGAGACUACAAAAACGCACACAAAAACACUUGAGUAGAAGCAGGUCAUAAGCAUCAGCGCGUCGUCGAGUAUUAUCAUCAAAGCAUAUUAAUCACCCCGCAAUUGCAAGUGCGAUUGUCUGCGUGUGCUUGAGGUUGUUUACAAAGGUAUAAAAAUGUCGCAGGAACCACCGCCACGUGAUGAACCAUAUGUGGAGCCGGUUAACGGAAUUGUACAACCGCCAACCAUGCCGCCACCCGAUCGACCCGGUCGCAAUACAAAUCAACUGCAGUAUCUCAUUAAAACCGUUAUGAAAGCAAUUUGGAAACAUCAUUUCUCUUGGCCAUUCCAGCAACCAGUCGAUGCGAAAAAGUUAAACCUGCCUGAUUAUCAUAAGAUAAUAACACAUCCGAUGGAUAUGGGUACGAUAAAGAAGCGGCUGGAGAAUAAUUACUAUUGGUCUGCCAAAGAGGCCAUACAAGAUUUCAAUACAAUGUUCACCAAUUGUUAUGUCUACAACAAACCCGGUGAGGAUGUUGUCGUUAUGGCACAAACACUGGAAAAGGUCUUCCUUCAGAAAAUCGAAGCCAUGCCCAAAGAGGAAAUCGAAUUGGAGCCAGUAACACCGAAGGGUGGUAAAAAGAAGCCACGUCCACCCGGUAAACCGGCUACACCCAGCUCAGCGUUAUUACACACACCGGUUGUUGGUGCGACAGCGGCGUCUGCAGCGUCAACAGCGGCUACACCACGCGCUCCUGCACGCCCGCAUUCAUCGUUGAGCAGCACAGUGUCGUCGACGGGCGGCACUACCGCAACAAAUACACCCGCCAUUCCACCCAUUGGCACUUUGCCGCCACAAACAGUGCCGGGCAGCACAAAUACAACAACUACCGCUAUCGCGGCUGGCGCGGGUGCAGCGUUAGCUGCCGCCGGCACCACAGUACUACCCACCGCUGGCAUAUUGCCAUCCGGUGCAGUAGCAGGAGGUUCCUUAGUGGGUGCUAAUGCCGCCCUGGCGGCGUCUGUAAGUGCUGCCGGCGCGGUAAAUUCAUCGUUACUCGACGCCAGUAGUGGCGCCAUCAGCGGCGGUGGAUUGAAUGCUGCAGGUGGAGUCGCCGGCGGCAUCGCACCUAAUUCUGCAACUGCCACCGCUGGUGCGGCCGUCUUGUCCGCGUAUCAUCACAGCAGCGUGAAUAGCACAGGCGAUGCCGUUAUACCGCCUCAACAGCCGGCGAAAAUAAAGAAAGGUGUGAAACGAAAGGCCGAUACAACGACGCCGACUGCGAAUGCCUUUGAAAUGACACCAUAUGCGCAAAUCGAUGCCAAGAGCGCUAAAAUCGCAACUAGACGCGAAUCCAGUCGACAGGUAAUGAAUAAAAAGGAUCUAGCAUUUCAAGGAUCCGCCUACCCAUUGUCACCAAUGGCCGUUGCUGGUAUGGCGCCUGGUGGUAUGGGCAUUGCUGGAGGAGCUGGUGCUGGCGUACCAGGAGCAGUCAAAAACAAGGAGAAGUUGUCAGACGCAUUAAAAUCAUGCAAUGAAAUCCUCAAAGAAUUGUUUUCUAAAAAACACUCUGGCUACGCUUGGCCAUUUUACAAGCCCGUCGAUGCUGAAUUGCUCGGUUUGCAUGACUAUCACGAUAUAAUAAAGAAACCGAUGGAUUUGGGCACAGUGAAACGGAAAAUGGACAAUCGCGAAUAUAAGAGCGCACCUGAGUUCGCCGCCGAUGUGCGAUUAAUAUUCACCAAUUGCUAUAAGUACAACCCGCCAGAUCAUGACGUUGUCGCUAUGGGUCGCAAGUUGCAGGACGUCUUCGAAAUGCGCUAUGCCAACAUACCCGACGAACCGGUGGCCAAUGCGCAUGCAGCUGCCGCAGCUGCUGCCCACCAUGCAUUCUCCUCAACAACGAAACGUGCUGGUGGUGUUGGGGGCGGUGGCGGCGGCGGUGGUGUUGGCGCUGGCGUUGAUGCCAGUGAUACAUCGUCGGAUGAAUCCUCAGAUACGGAAAACGAAUCGAAUUCCGAUGAGGAGCGCAAUGCUAAACUCAAGUUACUGGAAGCCAAACUGCUCGACCUGCAAGAAGAGAUGCGUAAACUAAUGGAAGAAGCAUCCAAUAAAAAGAAGGCAAAGAAAAAGUUAAAGGAGAAGAAAAAGGGUGGCACCGGUGGCGUCGGUGUUGGCGCCGCUAUGGCUGGAGUGGGUGGCGUGCAUGCACAAACUGGUGGUGUUGGUGGAGUAGGCGCCGGUGUGAGUGUGAAUGCGGCAUUGGUAGCAAGCGCGAAUUUGCAUGGCACUGAUUUGGCCACUGCCAUGGCGAUGGGACAAUUGGGUGCCGCAGGAACAGUGGGCAGCAAGGGUGCGCCGUUGGCUGCAGGCUUGGCUGGCGCAGCGGCAGUAGGUGGUACUCCCGGCGGCAAGGGUAAUAAGGUGAAGGGUCAACGCGGUCCGAAAGCCGGGACAACUGGUGGUGGCGCACCUGGCGCGGGCGGUGCCGCAGGCGCAAAUAAACGCACAAAAGGUGGCGCGGCAGCAGCUAGUGGCGGUGGCGGGGCUGGUGCGGCAGCAAAUGCCGGCGGUGCUCCAGUACGCGGCAACAACAAGAAAAAGCCCAGUCAGGUGAUGAAUUUCGAUUCGGAGGAAGAAGAUACGGCCAAGCCGAUGUCGUAUGAUGAGAAGCGACAGCUUUCAUUGGAUAUUAAUAAACUGCCAGGUGAUAAGCUUGGUCGAGUCGUGCAUAUAAUACAAAAUCGCGAACCCUCACUGCGAGACUCCAAUCCGGAUGAGAUUGAAAUUGAUUUCGAAACAUUGAAGCCGUCAACGUUGCGCGAACUGGAAAGCUAUGUGGCAUCUUGUCUACGCAAAAAAACUCGUAAGCCCUACUAUAAAAAACCAUCUGGCAAAUCGAAAGAUGAGCAAAUGGCGGAGAAAAAACAGGAGUUGGAAAAGCGGUUACAAGAUGUCACCGGUCAACUGGGUACCAGCAAGAAGACAGCCAAAAAAGACGAAUCAUCAUCGAAUAAAGUGGAAGCGGCACCGCCCACGACUCGCCUCUCAUCCAGUUCUAGUUCCAGCGAUUCAUCAUCGUCCAGUUCAAGCGAUAGCAGUUCCAGCGAUUCGAGUGAUAGCGAAGCAGGUGAUAUCGACAAUCGUCCACCGAGAAAGAAGAAGUGCCGUGAUUCAAGUGGUAGCAAUAAUGUAAAUAAUCCAACUGUAGCACCCAUCACCACCACGACUGUCGGUCCAGCAACAGCAGUUACUGUUGGUGGUGGCAUUGGCGUCAAUGCCAUAGCAGGCGCUGCUUCAACCUCAAUUACGUCCACUAUAGCCGCAACGCAACAACAAGGAGUAGGAGUUAGCGCCACGCAGCAAUUGCAGCAACAAAUUCAGACUGCAAUGGCCGGUGCGCCAGCCACGGCGGCGGCAACAGCACAGAGUACGAACAGUUUGGUGCCGUCAAUGAUCGCGCCCACAUCACAGCUGAACGCAAUCACCGGUGGUAGUGCAACACAAAUGAGUGUUCCACCCACAACAGCAGCAGCGACGCUUGCAGGUGCCGCGACGGAUCCAGCCAUGUCUGCUGUUGCUUUACUUAACAACAACAACAGCAGCAGCAGUAAAACGUCGCUCACACCGACUUCAGUUGGCAAUCCGCUAUUGAGUGCCACGAGCAGUGCUGAUGUAUUGAGCGGCCCCACGGCUUCGGCCGCAAACUCUCUAACAACCUUGAGCAACAACAUGAGCGCUAUUGCCAGCAACGGCGGAGGCAGCAACGGUCCGAAUGAUUUGUCUAUGCCAACGGCGUCUAGUGCAGCCGCAUUACUCGCCUCAUCUGCAAGCGUUUCGUCGUUGUCUGGCUCCCUACUUACCACAUCACAAACUAAUAUCGGCGUUAAUAACAACAAUAACAAUAAUAAUAGUAACAACAACAACAACAACACAACUACCACAAACAUUGGCGGCAUACGCGUCGCCAGUAAUUUACACAAACUGCCACCGCCGACAUCGAUGGAUGUCGCUGAUGCGGCUGGCGGUAUUGGUGGCAGUCUCGGUAUUGGCACACUUGCCUCGAGUGUGGCCGCUAACCUACUGCCACCACCGGCUGCCGUCGUCACAGCGCCCUCGUCUAUGGCAGCGUCGGUGGUGCCCUCAUCGGGGGCAUCGUCUUUGCUCACAGCCGGUCUCAAACAAAUACCACAAUUUGAUGAUCCCGUUGAACAGUCGCUGGCCUCUCUGGAACAACCACUACUAUCGGCCGUAUCCGGCAAGAGUGUUGCGGACAAUUUCCUCAUGAACGCUCAUCUGCUGCAGCAACAACACCAGCAACAGCUUACACACGGCAAUCAUGGACAAAAUGUGGCGGCGCAGCAGGCAUUCGGCGCUCUGCAGCAAACACAUCCGCACCAGCAGCAACAGGGCUCAGCACAGCAUGCACACGCCGGCAAUCAUCAUCACAUGGAUCUAAUGUCGGAUCUGUUAUCGAAGAACGCCGUGGAUAAUGUUGCCGGCAUGAAUGGCAACCACUUCCCUCUGAUGCAGCUCGGCAUUAACGAGGGCCUGAACAAUCGCAUUAGCACGAUGGCAGCGGCGGUGGCCGCGCAACAAUUACAGCAGGCCAUGGCGCACCAGCAGCAACAACAUCAUCAGCAGCAGCAGCAGCAUGUACACAAUAACGGUUAUAACAGUGCUGCGGAUCGUGCAUUGGAUAGCUUGGCAUUGGCCGGACUGGGUAUGCCACAUGGCGGUGCCGGCGGUGCCGGUUCGAUAUUCGACCAAUUGAAUCCGAUGUCUAGUGGGUCUGAGUUUCUUGCCAUGGUGAUGACCUCGAGUGCAGCAGGCAUGGCUGGCAAUUUGUCCUUGUCAAGCGGCAAGAAAGAUGCAGCUAACGCGCUCAGUUUGGCCGACCAUCAACAGCUGCUGCAGUCGCAGCCGCAUCCGCCACUCCAGCAGCAACAGCUGCAGCAAGCCAAUAAGAUACUAAUCACACCCAAACCCAUUGAAUCAAUGAUGCCUAGUCCGCCAGAAAAGAAACAACAUUCGCAACAACAGCCACAACAAGUCGCGCCGCCACAGCAAUCGCCAUCCGAUCUGAAGAUACCCACAUCGGCGGCCAUGGGUGGAGCCAAUGCUCUGAGUUCGAACCAAGCAAAUUUCGCACAGGCUUUCAAGUCGGCGCACGAACAGAACCUGAAAAAUGCCAGUUCAUGGUCAUCGUUGGCGUCGGCCAGUUCACCGCAGAAUACGCCCACUUCCAAUAAACCCAAACCCGCCAUGGAUUCGUUCCAGCAAUUCCGUAACAAAGCCAAAGAGAAGGCCGACCGCCAGAAGUUGCUCGAAGCUGCUGAGAAGGAGCAGAAGCGGCAAAAGGAGGCGGCCGAGAAGGAACAGCAGCGCAAGCAACAUCACAAGCAGCCGUUGGGCACGCUUGGCCUCGGUGGCGGCGUAACGGGCAACGGUAGCAGUGCCGUUGGUGGUGCGGGAGCCAAUGUUUUAGGCGUUGGCGGUGUUGGCAGCGGUUCAGUUGGCGGCGUUGGUGGCGCCAAUAGUGCGGGUGGUGUUAGUGGUGGCGGUGGUCAUCAUACAUCCGCAUCAUCUGCGGCACUCUCACAGGCAUCGCAUUCGCUCGGGCACGGUCACGGACAUGUGGGCCAUGGUCACGGGCAUUCUGUAAGCAGCAGCGGUGGCGGUGGACAUAUGCAUACGACGGCAGGAGAUGUCAGCAUGGAAAGUGGAAGAAAAAGUGUUCACGACGUCACACAAGUGCAGAAUUCACGCGUAGAUGACAUCAAAGCCUCACCGCAAGGCAGCGGCUCUCCGGCUGGCACAGCACAACAAUCUCCACAAGAUCGCGCUGCAGCAAAACGUGCAGAGUUGCGCAGGGCAGAGCAGGAGCGGAGACGACGUGAAGCGAUGGCUGGUCAAAUUGAUAUGAAUAUGCAAAGUGAUCUAAUGGCGGCCUUUGAAGAAUCGCUUUAAUAAAUAAACAAUCCCAACAGUGUUGUAGAGUAAACUCAAUUAUGUAUGUAAUCAAUACUGCAUAAAAGAAAAACAAACUUUAUAUGUAUAUAUAUACAUGUAAAAUAAAGAAAACAGUGCUAACCUAAAAUAAUGCAGGUUUGUGAUCAAUAUAUAUGUAAUGAUAAUGUAUAGAAUGAAAACCUAGCGCAAUGUGUUGAGAAACAACAACAGUAAAAACAAUAGCAACAAGUGUAAAAUACAAUAAUAAAAAACUAGGCUGCGCAGCGAAUCCUAUUUAUGUCAAGGGGGGAAAGCGGCAUUUGAAGCAUCCCACAAUGAACCCAAAUCCAAAUAAUUUAAGUGGAAUUCGUAGUGCUGAUGUGGGGAAAAGUGUUAAAUAUAUUUAAAUGACUAUUGAAAUAGGGAUUUACAUACACACACACACACAUACAUACAUACACACACAUACAUACAUACACACACAUACAUUCAUGUGCUGUUGGCGAUGAGAAGGAGUCAAGAAAGUGCAGAAGAAAAAGUAAUACUUUAAUAA